UGUACAGUGAUUUUGAUUUGAGAGUUUUUUUGCAGAGGCGUUCUGCACUCGUGGCCUUUUUCCUCUCCUACUGUAAAGGAGGGCUGUCUUGCCCUCUUGACCUGUGGCAGCAUGUGACCAUCGGCUGGAGAAGAAGGACAGAGAACGCCGUGGCGUUGACCUGAUUUGCACAAACGCUAGAGAGAUUGUCUACCUUCAGGUUGCAUUGUUAGAGGGGGGGGGGGCUUCUCUGAGAGGUUUAACGAUGUUCUGUUGCCGACUGUCACAUCCAUUUUGUACAUUUUGUGCCCAUCUAGGCUCUGAUGGGCGUGCGUGUGUGUGUGUGUGUGUGUGUGUGUGUGUGUGUGUGUGAGACCAGUCAGUUCCACUGUUUUUGACUGUUACUAAUGGGAUGCAUUGCUGAGUGCAUGACUGUAAUCAAGUCCAGCAUGCCCAUGUCAGUCAGUCAGUCAGCUUUGAAGUGAUGCUCACGUUACUGUGAAGAUCCCUUUGUUUUGAGGUUCUUGAGAAUGUAUUGUUAUUGUUGAAUAACAAAUCCAGUGUCUAUCAUUUACCUUAUUUCAUAACAUGAACACUAUCAUACGCCACUUAGUUUUCAUUUUUACAGAGUUGACAAGAGUGCCGUGACGAAUCCUUAUGGAAAACGCAGUUUGAAUCUUUAUUUUAAACAUUUGUUUCCCUCUUCAAGACAUUUUGUUUGUGUGUAAAUAUGUACAUUAUUCCCUUAUCACGUUUCUUUCUUUCUUUCUUUCUUUCUUUUAAACAUUCCUUCAUUUACACUAGUGUGUAAGACAUUUUGAUGUGCAGACUGAACCAAAGGAAAAUGAAUACUGAGCUGAAUCUGAGAAAUGCUACCCCAAGACAUUGUUGUUGCGGUUUGAUCUUCCCUUUCAUGAUCACUUCAGGUUGCCACUCAUUUGAAGCACACAGUAAUCUGUGACUGACUUUAUGAUGCAGUAGCUUCAUGGUGGUGAGAUGUGGUGAUGCUUCCAGUUGGUUGUUUGUUGCCAAGUACCACGUCACCCGAAGUGCAGUUCUGUAGUGUCAAGAGGUUGUCUAUAAAUCAUUCCCUUUGUUGAUUUUAUGUUCUUUUUUUUUUAUGUUUAAUUUUAAUUUAAUAAAAUUUUAACGGGGCAGGUGGGAUACCUAACAUCCCAUCUAGAGUGUUUUGCGUUGAGGAUCCCCUGUAAAAAUGAUACCUAGUGGACUUGACCUCCUUAGCACCAGGACCGCUUGCUUCAGGUGUGUGCUUAAACUAAACCAAGCUCUCCUCAGUGACGGGUGUUUCCCCUGGAACAAUUACAGUUGCUUGACUGCUCAUUCAGUCUUACUGAAGAUGUCGCUCUUUAAGUCUAGUGAGACGUACAACCCUUUGUCACUGAAUGUGUCAUACCAUAUUGUAGGCAUACAAUAUGCAUUAUAUGCAAUGAGAAUGGCAGUCUAUACAACCUGAAAAUAUGCAUUGCUCUUGAAAUGGCCGGUCAAGAAGCUUUUCAUCCUCACUGCUUGAAGCAAACAGCCUAAAUACCUGUGCAGGAGUCAGUCAGUGUUAUGCAGGGAUUAAAAGCAGAUUAACAUAUCAGGUUUAUAUUUUCUAAGCAAUAAAACAUGACUGAAUAAUCAGACUGAUGUGUCGACUGUUUUUAUUUGGUUUCAGAGAAGCUUUCCUCCACAUCAGUGCUAAAAGACAAACUUCGGGAAGAUAUGCAGUUAAAGCAAUGUAGCAAAUGCAGUUUAAGGAACACAUGCAAACAUCUGGUUAACGCUAGAAACCACAAUUUUCUCUUUGAAAGCAAUUAGCUUUCAUGGGUAAUAUUGGCUUUCUCUCACAGUGUAUACUACAGGCAUCUCAUUUAGGUUUUUACAUCUGGUGCAGUGUGUCUGGCAAAUGAGUAACAGCAUUUUCAACCCAGAAACGGCGUCUAGAGUCGUACUUUCAAAGCAGGCCUCAACAGCGAACCCAAACAAACUCCAUCACCCACAAUGCUCUCGUUGCGUCAUAUUUCCGGUCCUGCGCGGUUUCUGGUGCGGAUUGGAACCCGGAGUCAGGAUUCACCGAAUGUGUAAUCGUCUGAAAAACAGCUUGUCAACAUGGCAGAGCAGGCAACAGAUGAAUUUAUAUGGUGUGAGGACUGUGGCCAGUACCAUGACGCUGAGUGUCCUGAGGUUGGGCCUGUGGUCACUGUGAACGACUCGCUGGUUCUGAGUCGAGCCCGGUCAUCCCUUCCUGACAACCUGGAGAUCAAGUCAGUCCAUGAGGGAAAGGAGGGUGUGUUUGUUCUCCACAAGCUGGUGAAGCGCACACGGUUCGGCCCUUUUGAGGCAAAGAGACUACAGCACAUGGACAAACAAGGCAUUUUCCCAUUGAGGAUUUUUAAGAAAGACGGGACAACAAUCUGGUUUGACUCAUCAAAUGAGGAUGACUGCAACUGGAUGAUGUUAGUGCGACCUGCAACAGACCACACCCAUCAGAAUCUGACCGCCUACCAACAGGACGACGAGGUCUACUUCAACACAUCCCAGGAUGUCCUUCCGGGAUCAGAGCUCAGGGUGUGGUACGGCGCCUUCUACGCUAGGAAGAUGGACAGACCUGUUCUAAAACCGCCCGUCGCUCCGGGAGCAGACACACAGGUGAUCCCCACCAAGCCAAUGGCCGCCCCAGCUCCACCUGUGGGGGCAGAGAGUGACACAGACCAACUGUUCUGCCACCUACCAGAGGAGAAAACGGUGGAUCCUCCCCUGGAAGAACCGCCUGCUGCCCUCCCCGAGUCGCCCAUGGAAAGCCAGGAGAGCAAAUCCAACCCCACUGUCACAGAGCCCAAGAAGAGACGACGACGGAGGGCAAAGAACAGUAAAACAAAAUCCACCACUCAGACGGGGUCGAGCAAAGGCUCCAUACGCAAAGCACCAUCGGAGAGAACGCUCAGCACAGAGGCUCCAGAGCUGGGAUUGGACAAAUUGGACAGCCAGCAGCCGGUGAUUGGCUCAGAUGGGAAAGAGAUCAAGUUGGUGCAGACGACGCACUCUGGGAAGUCUGGCCUGAGGAAGCACGCGGGGGGCAGGCAGGCUGGAGAGCAUAAGCGGGUCCACCAGUGCCUCCUGUGCAACAAGGUGUUCCAGAACAGCAGCAACCUGAACCGCCACAUCCGCUCCCACGGCGACAAACUGUUCAAAUGCGAUGAGUGCGAGAAGAUGUUUAGUCGGAAGGAGAGUCUCAAGCAGCACAUCUCCUACAAGCACAGCAAGAAUGAGCCAGAUGUUGAGUACAGGCACAAAUGUGAGACCUGUGAGAAGUUCUUCCGCGUUGAAAAUGCAUUACUAUUCCACAACUGUAGAACAGUAGACGACAAGACAUUCCAGUGCGAGAUCUGCUCGCGUUUUUUCUCCACUAACAGCAACCUGUCCAAACACAAGAAGAAGCACGGCGAGAAGCUGUACGCCUGCGAGAUCUGCAACAAGAUGUUCUACCGCAAGGACGUCAUGCAGGACCACCAGAGACGCCACGUGAUGGGCCCAAAGAGUAUGAGGAGGGAGGAGACGGAAGGCUCCGGGGAGGAGGGGACCAAGUACAGGAAGGAGCCCUCGGCCUGUCCCAUCUGUGGCAAGGUGUUCUCCUGCCGGAGCAACAUGAACAAACAUUUGCUGACUCACGGAGAUAAGAAGUACACGUGUGAAAUCUGCGGGCGCAGGUUCUUCCGCGUGGACGUCCUCAGAGACCACAUACACGUCCACUUCAAGGACAUCGCGUUGAUGGACGAGCUGGAAAGGGAGGAGUUCAUCAAGAAGAUUGGCAUCUCCAUGGAGGACAGCGAUGAGCAGUCUGAUGAGGAGGAUGGCAAGGACGACCCGGAGCAUCACAAAUACACCUGCAAGAAAUGCCAGGUCACCUUCGCUAAGGGCCGUGACUACCUGAGGCACAUCAUGGACCUGCAUAAGGAGUGGGGUUACGGCUGUGGGAUCUGCAACCGACGCUUCGCCCUGAAGGCCACCUACAACGCCCACCUGGUCAUCCACCGCGAGCAGCUACCUGACCCUGCUGUCCAGCGCUAUAUCCACCCGUGUGAAAUGUGUGGACGGAUCUUUAACAGCAUCGGCAACCUGGAGAGACACAGGAUUAUACACACUGGAGUGAAGAGUCAUGCCUGUGAGCAGUGUGGCAAGUCCUUCGCCAGGAAGGACAUGUUGAAGGAACAUCUCAGAGUUCAUGACAACAUCCGAGACUUCCUGUGCGCAGAGUGUGGCAAAGGAAUGAAAACCAAACAUGCACUCAGGCACCACAUGAAGCUGCACAAAGGCAUCAAGGAGUACGAGUGCAAGGAGUGCAAUCGCAAGUUCGCCCAGAAAGUCAACAUGCUCAAACACUACAAGAGGCACACAGGCAUAAAGGACUUCAUGUGUGAGCUGUGUGGAAAGACCUUCAGUGAGAGGAACACCAUGGAAAUCCACAAGCUAAUCCACACAGUGGGGAAGACGUGGUCGUGCGCGGUGUGCGAUAAGAAGUAUGUGACGGAGUACAUGCUCCAGAAGCACAUCCAGCUGACCCAUGAGAAGGUGGAGGCUCAGAGCUGCCACUUGUGCGGCACUAAAGUGUCCACGCGCGCCUCCAUGAACCGACACAUGCGCCGCAAGCACCCCGAGGUUAUAACAGUGAGAAUCAAUGACUUUGACCAUCUUGAUGGAACCUCCACCAUUGAUGCAUCCACUAUCAGCAUUGUGCAGCCCCCUCUGACCCUGGAUAAGUCGUCUCUGGCGGGCGAGAAGAGCCAGCGGUCCGGCCGGUCGGCCAGGAAGAAGCAGAAGAUGCAGCCCGAGGACCCAGAGCUCACGUCCGACUCGGACGACUACGGCGACUUCACCGCCAAAGGAGCCGACUUUGUGGGCACGGUGGGCGACGAGACGUGUUCUGCCGUGCAGAGCAUACAACAGGUAGUGGUCCUGGCUGAGCCCAGCACCUCGUCGGCGUCCUCCCCCUCCAACUCGGGGGGUCUCCCCAACAUCACGGUGACGUCCAUCAGCGGGGCGACACCGGCCCAGUUCACCAGCCUGCAGCCGGUGACCGUGGGGUCCCUGAACCCCAACGAGCGGCCCAUCACGCUCGACAACUCCAUCCUCACCGUCACCUUCGACACCGUCAGCGGCUCGGCCAUGCUGCACAACCGCCCCCCGGAGCUGAGCGGCGACACCGCUGGAGGGACCGCGGGGGCUCCUUCCUCGGCGGCGGGCGGGGGCGCCCCGUCGGUUGCCCACUUCAUCAACCUCACCACCUUCGUCAACCCCAUCUCGCAUCAGCUGGAGCAGCCGGCCCUCACGUGGAGGCCGGUCACGCCCGCCGAGGGGACCCACAUCGCCCCUGCCACCGCCGGAGCCCUAGACGGCGGCCAGACAGACUCCCAGGGCGCCCCGGCCCAGCAGCAGGUCGUGGUGGAGCAGGCCCAGCAAAUCCAGGUCCAGGCUUCUGGGCCUCCACAGCAGCAGCCGGCCACACCAGCCCAGCAGAUGUACAGCUACUGAGGUGUCUCCAGACACCACUUCUGCUGGCUCAGACACUGAGCACACAUCUGCCGAGGUGUGCCCAUGGUUGGCGUAUAGAUGUAUCUAUCUAUGCCACACACACUCAGCCUUGUGCCUGCAUCACUCCCUACUCUUCAACCCGACCCCCAUCCACAUGCAGAAAGUUGAGAGAAAGUUUUAAAAUCAAAAAAGCAAUUCAAUUAACUUCACGCUUUCAUUUUUAUUUUAUUUUUUAUUAUGUUUUACAAUGUUACAUCAUGUAACUAAGACCAUGUUUUUAUUCGAUACAUUUUGAUUGUGAAGAUUCAUAAAGCCAUGAAAAAAAUUGAGAUUGUGAGCGGUCAAAAUCAUUCGUCUAGUGCUGGAGACACUAUCGUACCGCCAGAGGUCAGAAGCAUCAUGUGUUCACACUCUGGUUUUCGUUUUUGUGCACAUUUGUUUGUUUUGUUUACUGUUCGUAAGCUGUAAGUAUUUAAGGGCACACAGUUCUCUAUCUGUGCCAUAUUUGAGGGGGCCCAUCACUGCUGUGAAAUGGAGAAACCACUACCUCUGCUGGGUUUAACCAGUUCAGACCACGAUGAACUACAAGAACCUCUGCUGGGUUUAACCAGUUCAGACCACGAUGAACUACAAGAACCUCUGCUGGGUUUAACCAGUUCAGACCACGAUGAACUACAAGACAAUGAAGUUAGCUUGGGCCCCAUUCUGGAAAAUGGAUUCUCUUCCGGAAAAGAGCGAACCAAUCUUAUGGUCUUUCAUACCGUUUUCAGCGGUGGUUUCUGAUACUGCUGUCAUUUUUAUGCUGUCUACAAAGUACAGACACAUUGGUAGGCCUUCAAAAGCAAUACUUACAUUUACAAAAGCGUUUAGAAGGAUUAUUGCAGUAAACGUGAUUAUUGAUUAUUGAUUUAGAGUUUCAACUUGAACCAAAGACGGGGAUCUGUCUAAAGAAUGCCUUAAUGACCAUGUGAUCAAAAGCAGAAGUGCACUAUACAAUGUUUAUUUCUCUUGUCAAAGAUGUCGGCAUUGAUUCUUUAUUGUGGAUAACGUUCAUCUGAAAAUCAAAAGAAAUGCUAUGAAAGGAUUUGCUGGCCUGAAAAAAAUCUUUAAAUGGGUAGAUGUACAUUUGCUUGAUGAUAAUGUUUGAGCUUUUUUUAUUUUUAUGAACUGAAUUGUCUUUUUAUAUCAGAGUCCAUGUUUCAAAGCAUUGAAAGGUAAACAAGGUACGCAUUGACAUGUGCUUUGACACCAAUUUCUGUGUGUAUAUAAAUUCCUGUAUAUAUAAUUAUGUAUGCAACAUCACAGGCGAAGCAUGUAAGAUAAUAUAGAUCAUGAACAAAAAUGCCAUAAAUAAACUCCUUUGUCCCAGAUGAA